UCGCAGAUGGACCACAAUCGAACCAGUGUGCGCACGCGUUUACCGUGUUCAGUUAUUGGAAAAUAAUAUUGCCGAUAAUCUUGGGCUAGCGAUUAGUGAUGGAUCAAAUUUAAACCAUUGUUUACAUAGACUGAUUUCAGUUAGUUCAAGUGUUUCAAGAGGUGAUCUAAUCUUAAAUCGAUAAUUGGUGAUUAAGUGAUUAUCUCGAAAAUGGGAGCUGUUAAGAGCAAGCUGGCCACUUAUCAUCCAUCGAGAUGCUGUUGUCCGUUCAGGAAGAGUGAAUCUUAUGACCUCAAAGACUUACCUCGACCCCCCAGAUUAGACACUUCGAAUGAUGUCGUCGACGGCACGAGACAAGGUGUGUUGGCAGUUCAAGGCGUCGACUUCUGCGUCGACACCAACGGCGAGAACCAUCACACCAACAAAUUCCAUCUCAUGACGAGAGAGGCCGACAAGUGUCUCGUGAUCAGAAGAGGCCAAUCCUUCAAAUUGGAUAUCUUGCUGAACAGGCCAUUCGACACCAGAAGAGAUGCCGUUUCGUUCAUAUUCUACGUUGCAGAUGUGGAGAAGCGUGGGCCGUCCGAUGAAACGUCUGCGGCGGUCCCCCUUUUAGAGAAGGGUUCCGAAACACUCGGAGCGUGGAAUGCGGUUUACGAGGGCCAGAUGGACUCCCAUCUGAUGGUGGCCGUGACUCCUGCCGCGGACUGCAUCGUGGCUGCUUGGCGCAUGGACAUCGACACCAAGAUGUCCGGGGGGAGUUCACUCAGCUAUACACAUCCCCUGCCAAUUUAUGUCCUUUUUAAUCCUUGGUGUUUGAAUGACAGCGUUUAUAUGCCUGGUCACAGUCACAGAGAAGAAUAUGUUCAAGAAGAUGCUGGCCUUAUGUUCAGAGGAGUGUACAAUAGAAUCAAACCCACUCCUUGGAACUACGCGCAGUACGAAAAGGACAUACUGGAGUGCGCUCUAUAUUUAGUCAAAGAAAUUGGAAAGGUCAAAGGUCGAGCGAGAGCUGACCCCAUUAGGAUAGCGCGGGCCCUGUCCGCGGCGGUGAACGUGCAGGACGACAACGGAGUGCUGUUCGGCAACUGGGGCAAGGAGCUCAGCGACUACAGCGGCGGCUCGCACCCUCUCAAGUGGGUGGGCUCCCUGGCUAUACUGCAAAAGUAUUACGAAAAGAAAAAGCCCGUGAAAUACGCGCAAUGCUGGGUGUACGCAGGUGUUCUUACGACAGUUUGCAGAGCCCUCGGUAUACCCUGCAGGCCGAUCACCGGUUACGAUGCAGCACACGACAGCCAAGGCAGCCUGACGAUAGACAUCAUAAAAGACGAAAACGGGAACACACUAGAAGAGUUCACCAGAGAUUCAGUGUGGAACUAUCACGUCUGGAAUGAGGUCUGGCUCGAUCGACCUGACCUUGGCUCAGAGUACAGUGGGUGGCAGGCCAUCGACUCCACUCCACAGGAAACCUCAGAGGAUGUGUUCCGGUGUGGACCAGCUUCAUUACGUGCUGUUCGGGACGGUGAACUACAGAGACCGUAUGAUACCGGAUAUGUCUUCGCACAGGUUAACGCAGACAAGGUGUUAUGGAAAUAUUCUGGAGAAAUACAGCCGCUGAAGCUACUGGCACGUGAUACGACAUCAAUAGGUCAGAACAUUUCAACUAAGGCUAUAGGGAAAAUGGAGCGAGAGGAUAUAACACAUCUAUACAAAUAUCCCGAACGAAGUCGAGAAGAACGUGACACAAUGGAAAAAGCGCUCAGAAAAUCUGAGAGUAUAUUCGCAAGAUACUAUCUCAAUGAUGUAUUUAAUGAUAUUGUAUUCGACUUCGAGUUGAGAGAUGAUAUCAAGAUAGGACAAGACUUUAAUGUGGUAUUACAUAUCAAAAAUCGUUCAACUAUUAACUCACAUAACGUAAAAGGUGUAAUAAGAGUUGACACAGUGACAUACACCGGUGUUACUGGCGAUGGCGUGAAAAGGGAAGAAUUCGACAAGGUUAUACAACCUGAAGGGAAAGAUAACAUAUCGCUUCUAGUAACCUUUGAUGACUAUUACAAGAAAUUAGUUGAUCAGGCUUCAUUCAACAUUGCGUGUAUAGCUACUAUCGUUGAUAGGAAUUUCGACUACUUCGCCCAGGAUGACUUUAGAGUACGCAAUCCAGACAUCAAGAUUACAUACGAAGGCAAGCCGGUAGCCAGGCAAGAGUUAACAGUGACUGUGAAAGUUGAGAAUCCACUGCCAAUCCCGCUGAGAAAUGGAAAGUUCUAUAUCCAAGGGGCUGGUUUAGAUGAACAGUUGAAAAUUGAGCUAAAAGAGAACGUAGCUCCUGGUGCUAUAGCCACUGCAGAGUUCAAGCUGACUCCCCCUUGGGGUGGACGUCACCAGAUCUCAGCCAAGUUCACAUCCAAAGAGAUACACGACGUUGAUGGUUUCCUAUCCUUCAUUGUGACUUCUGCAGAAACAAAUGGAAUUCCCUUGAUUGACGCCAACGAAACUCGACAGAUUUAGAAUGAGUGUAAUAUUUGUAUUAAUUAUCGUGUUUAUCAUAAGUGUGAAAGUUGGCACUUGAAUGGUAUUCAGAGUGUGCGAAAUAUGUUUCCAAAAUAUUUUUAAAUUCCUACUUAUCGAUACUAUUGUUUGAAUUACUUGUCACAUCAUGAUGUAAAAGUAAUAUUAUUAUAACCUAUUUAUUUAAGGUAUAUGUAAUGUAGUAUGCUGAAUGCACUACACAGUGUUUGUACUAUGUGACUUUAGUUGUAACAUGAAAUAAGUUAUUACAUUAGGAAACAAAAUGAUGUUCUUUUAAU